AUGAGAACGAAAUUACUGGUAGAUUUGCUCCUUCCAUUAUCACCAUCAAAUCCUAAACUGCAAGCAGCCUGUUCGUUGGCACAUAAAUGGUUCAUGGUCUACUAUCUGCUGGUUGAGCGACACCUUGUCGAUUUGAGAGUGACACCCGUUUCUCCCAAUUGUCCUCCGUCAGGAUAUAAAAGACUUCAUGUUGGACGAAGACUACCUGUUGUUCUUGUGUCUAGACCAAUAUCUGUUCCAGUGCACCCUGUACUUCCCUACGCACGCCUGGCAGAAUUAGAACCAGAGAUUAUUGCCGAAUCGGAGGAUGAAAGAGAGUCGCUGAUGGAAAGAUGGGCUGUUCCUGGAUUUGUACCCGAAACUCUCUUUGCACCGUUGAUCUGUGAUCUCGUUUUGGGAUUGAAAUAUUUGCUUUACCAUGGAUCGGACCGACGCUUACAGAACGGGUUAACCCAGCUAAACGAAAUUUUAUCUGGAGUAAGUAAUUUGUGGUGUGAUCAGAGUAAAGGGAUUUCUAACAGAGUUUCAAUCUUUCGACAGCAUAGGUUGAGCCAUUUUAAUGUAUCCAACUGUUUAACUUGCAGACUUUUCGUCGCCAUGCGAGGAGACUUCACCCCAGUUGGACGUAAUUCACUACUCAUAACGUUGCUGAAAACCCUUCGACACCCCACGACCGGCGUCGUCCCUCUUCGGGCUCGCAGCCCCCGAGUUUCCGUCAAUCUUAGGUUCUGCUUGAACCCAAAGUGGAGAGAUUUCGACAAAUACUCCCCUUUACGUCAGAAUCUGAGUGGAAAGCACUUCCUCAUUGCCGAUCACCCGGUGUACAUCGACUGUUCCCUUGCCCCGAAACUGCAACAUCUCAGAGUUGCGGGUGCCUACUUUCGUGGCUUCCAGAUCCCGGAUACCUUGAAGUAUGUGUGGAUGUACCUGUCCCAUAUGUAUAACCUGGAAGCAUUUCGUGUCAGCUGUCCAACAGAUAAAGACAUUUUAUUACAUUACCUUGAACGCAUUCCAGGUUUGGACCUGGCACAAAUCGAUACGCAAAAGAAACGUAUCUUUCGUCUUCCCGAUGCCUGUAGACUAUUUACCUAUCCGACUGGCAUCGCUCAUGAACCAUCCGAGUUCCAGAAUUCUGAUGACUCGCGGACACCGAAUCGGGGGUCACAAGACGCAGUGUCGCGAUUGCAGAAAUAUCAGACACAAACAAAUUUAAACUGUGAAUUUCUGUAUAAGAAUUCGGAUGACGCAUCCUCGGCAGUGACUGUUGAUGUGCGCGGUGUCAACAGUCCGAUCGAGAGGACCAGUUCAAAACGGUUUAAUUAUUUGUACAGGCAAAUUCCUCCAUUCCGAUACUAUUACAGUGAACUCUAUUCCGUGGCACGUGAGCUUCAAGAGGAAUUCGCCUUUUUGGCCCAUCACCUCCAUCCUUAUCCGGGAUAUUCCUCCAAUUCGUAG